GGAUUAUAAAGCUGAACAGAAUCAGAUUCUGGUAACAGUGAAAGAAAACCUUGGGCUGUGUUUCGUCCUCUGGCUGGGACCAAGGAAGACUGUCUGCUCUGCGAGAAAGAAAGGAGCCGUCAGCGCACCCCCGCACCCCAGCCCUCUCCCCGGCCUCAAGGACACCGCGCUGCUGCUUCCGCAGCACGGAACCAAGUCAGCAGAAACCACAUAUGACUUGGGUUGUGCUUCAUUUUUGACCACGAGGACUCCGUGACUGAGCUUCAUUUGGGUGAAUGUGCCAUUACAUAUAGAAGGAGGGGGUGAGUGGAAGACUUGAAAUCAGCUGGUGGCUGAUUUCUUGGGACUCUACUUGGGAGCUCCUGUUGCAUUUCACAGAGGAGAGCAAGGACUGAGGAGACAUCAGUUCCUCCUGGAGGAUCACACUGACUGAAGAGUCUCCUCAGACAGAAACCUUCACACACAAUGGCCUUUGCCGCCUCCGUGGCCAAGCUCCAGGAAGAGGCCAGGUGCCCCAUCUGCCUGGAUUACCUGAGAAACCCAGUGACCAUUGAGUGUGGGCACAACUUCUGUUACUCCUGCAUCCACCAGCGCUGGGAAGGCCUACAGGACACCUGUCCCUGUCCCAUCUGCCUUCACCACUGCUCUGACAGAAACUUAAAAAGGAACACCCAAUUAUGUUACGUGACUGAUAUUGUUAAGCAGCUUCCCACCCCAAGGAAAAAGAGGAAAAGACAAGAAGAGAAACUCCUGUGUAAGGAGCACAAGGAAGCUCUGGCCCUUUUCUGUGAGAAGGACCUGGAGCUGUUGUGUCCUCAGUGCAGGAUCACCGCUGACCACCAAGACCACCCCCUGAAGCCCAUUGAAGAAGCUGCAGCUAGUCAGAGGAGGAAGCUCAAAAGCUACAUUGAGCCCCUGAGGGAGCAGGUUGAAGAUGCUGAAAGGGGAUAUGAAAGUGAAGUUUCAAAAACGUUUGAAGUGAGGAGGAAGGUGGAAAAUUGGAGAAGAGAAUUACACUAUGAAUGUAAAGAACUCAAGUAUUCCUUGGAAACUGAGCAAGGUGCAAUUAAUGCCUGCCUCUUUACGGAAGAUAAGGACUUUGAAGAAAAACUAACUGAAAAUAGGAGACAAAUUUCUAACCAUGUGUCCGUGUUAAAUAACCUCUUAAUGGAAAUAGCAGAGAAGUAUUUGCAGACAGACCUAGAGUUACUCACAAAUAUUGAGAGUACCCGCAACAGGUAUGAACACAUAGAGACCCCAGCAGCCUUUUCAUAUGAAUUAAAGAAAGAGAGUUGCACCCUCCCCCCGCACUAUUUUGGCCUGCAUAAAAUGAUCAGCACAUUUCACGUAGAUUUGACACUAGAUCCAGAAACUGCCCAUGCGUGUCUCAUUGUCUCAAGAGAUAGAAAAAGUGUGAUAUUUAGGGCAAUGACACAAAACUAUUUUCGUAAUCCCCAGGCAUUGACUUCUUACCCAGGAGUCUUGAGUUCUGAGGGAUUUGAUGCAGGCAGGCAUUUUUGGCAGGUAGAAAUAAAAGGCACAGGUGACUGGUCCUUAGGCAUCUGUAAAGAAUCUUUCCCCAGACAUCAACUUAUGUCACCAUCCCUGAGCAAUAGCAGCUGGCAAGCUCAGCUUUUCAUUACGAUAUGUGGUACAUGUCUUAUAGGACAAGUCAGGCGGAUUGGUGUUUUUCUGGACUACGAGUUGGGAGAGGUUUCAUUUUAUAAUUUGAAUAGCAGGGCAUAUUUGUAUAGAUUCACUGAUACAUUUACAGAAAAACUAUUGCCAUAUUUUUCUAUUGGACCUUCAAAAUCUCUUAAAAUCAGUAUUCUUAGAGACAAAUGAUGAACUACUGGAGGGCAAUUUUGUAUGUGGUUAUUUUCCUCCCUUGUUAUUGGAAGGAAGACUGUAAUAAAGAUUCCUAUUCCAGUUUUGAUGUUUGACUACUGAAAGUUUUUAGGACUCACCCUUCUCUUCUCUUUUUUUCACACCUGGGAAAGCUGAUGAGAAAGACCGGGUGCUCCAUCCUUCGGUUCCGGGAGGGGGGAAUUCCAACCACACAAGGCCCUAGUGGUGCCAGAACCUUCCCACUAACACCACCCAGCAACCCCAAGUCUCUUUCCUCUGAGAUCUGUCAUUUUGGCUUUUACUCUGAGAGCCACUCUACUCUCCCAAAACCUCAUCUUGUAAGAAACCGCGUCAUAAUUUUCUGGUAUGUGGUGUGGCAUCACCGGUUUUAACAUUAGAAACAAGUUUUGAAUGGGUUCCGCUCUGAAAACACAACAUGGUCCCCACCAUUGCUCCACCGUUGGCCCUGUGAACCGGAUUUUCCAAUGUGGAGUGCUACCAGGGGUUCCUCUGGCUAUGGCUAGUAGCUGGCUCUGGUGUCCGAGGCAAGCAUGCACUUUUCAGGUGUGCUGCCUUGUGCUGAGGUCUACCAAGAAUGUGUCGUGGAUCUCACUGACCAGAAGUUUCAAUAAGGAUCACAUUCUUUUUUUUUUUUCAUAUAAAAUUUUAAGAAUUCUAAUUGUUUUGCUUCUUUCUCAUAUUUUAUAAAAUUUUCAUAUACAACCUCAAAAUGUCACACCCUCGUGUUUAACAUUGUGUGAAACUGCCCACAUUUUAUAACAUGUUUGGAAGCCUAUAUGUGUGUUGUUUACAGU